AUGUUAAAGCUCACAUCAUACCGCAUUAAAAGUAGAGGAAACUUCUUGCCCUACGCCUUCACAGACAUAAUGGGCUUAGAAUCUGAAGUGUUGGCUGGGUCACAACCAGAGGAUGUCGUCAAUGCUGUAUUUGGACAUGUGACGGAUGGCUAUAAAUUUCAUGAGUCGGAGCCAAUCACUCAAAGGGAUGAACAUUACAUCAGUGACCCCAACCUCUCUGACCAGGCUUUCUGUCUGGUGUACGUCGUAGCUGCUGAUACAAUAUCAUUCACUGACGAGAAACUUAUUAAAAAGUUGAAGAUCAUUCGCAGCAGAAUCAAAGAUGGGGGUAUUCCUCAAGUCAUUGUCAUGACCAAAGUAGAUGAAGCAUGUCCAUUGGUGAAGAAUGAUCUAAGAAAGGUGUAUCACAGCAAGAAGAUCAAAGAGAAGAUGCAGAUGUGCAGUGACUUGAUUGGUGUACCAAUGUGCAACAUCUUCCCAUUGAAGAACUACCAUGAAGAGAUGGACACAAAUCCUGAUGUUGAUGUUCUGAUUCUGAAAGCACUGGAUCAGAUUGUUUAUCUUGCUAAUGAUCGACUUGAUAGCUAGUGACAUUAAGCCUGUACCAUCUGAAAAUAUCUAAAGAAUAAGAUAUUGCUCUUAUUUCUAUGUUAAAAUAAAAGAGUUUUAAUUUUAAUUAUUGAGUCAACCAAUCUGAAAAUCACAGAGCUUAUUUUUUGCGAUAAUCCAAAAGUCUGUGGGAAAAAUUAAUGGAUCCUCUUUGUGUAAAAAAAAAUUGAAACGAUUUGUUUGGUUAAAUGUGGAAUGUGCUUUGAACACGUAAUGUUGACAAAAUAUGAAUGUGUUGAAUUGAAUUGAAUUCAUUAA